CCUCGCCCGGCGGCCCUCCUUCCCCUCUGCGGGCCGCGAAAGAGGCGGGGAAGGGGGAAGCGGAGCUUUCCGAGGCCGGGCGUGAGAGAGAGAGAGAGAGAGAGAGAGAGAAGGGGGGCGGCCCCCGGGCGGGAGAGACCGAGAGGACCCUCUCUCCCCCCACCCCUCUGCCCGUUUGAGGAAAAAGGGGGCAGACGUAGCGGGGUUGGGCAAGGAAGGGGAGCAGGCCCGUCGACAUAAGCCAGCGCCAGAGGGAAAACGUCCCCCCCUCCCCGAAAGGCGAAGGGGAGAGAGAGAGAGAGAGACGGACGGGGGGCUUCCCUCCCAGAAGAAGAGGAGGAAAAAAGGGGGGACGAGGAAGAGGAGGAGAAGGCCUCGCCCGUCGUCGUCCCUUUGGGCUUCAUUCCCCCCCUUCCCCCGCUACUCCCGACCUCCAGGCAGCGUCGACCUUUCGUAACACCCAGCUCUGCUCCCGCCCCUCUCUGCGUGCCUGUCACACCAGGAGGAUUUGAUGCCCUUCAGCCUGCUCACCUCUGUGGUGUUCAUGUUUCCCACAGGUUUCUCUUCCCCCAACCCCCCAGCAGCAGCGGCGGCUCAGGAGGUCAGACCUGCCACGGAUGGUAGCAGCAGCAGUGGCUCUUCCUCCUCCUCUGCCACCAAGAAGAGAAAGCUGAACAGCAGCAGCAACAGCGGCGAGAGAGAAGACGUGGACUCCAUCUCCUCCUGUGCGUCCCUCCUGUCUCGCAACAGCGGUUCCUCCUUGCCCGCUCUCAUUAUCACCGCCUCCACGGCCUCCUGUUCCUCCUCCUCUUCCUCAGGGCUUGCUUCUUCCAACCACCACCUGCAAAAGAAGCUGCGUUUCGAGGACUCCUUGGAUUUUAUUGGACUGGAUGUGAAGAUGGCCGAGGAGUCGUCCUCUUCGUCGUCGUCCUCAUCGCCGGCUGCGUCUUCGCAGCAGCACCAGCAGCUCAAAAACAAAAGCCUCUUAAUCUCCUCAGUAGCGGUGGGACACCAUGCCAACGGCCUGACCAAAGCUGCCUCCUCCACUGUCUCCAGUUUUGCAAACAGUAAACCUGGGUCAGCCAAGAAGUUAGUGAUCAAGAACUUUAAAGAUAAACCUAAACUGCCUGAAAAUUAUACCGAUGAAACCUGGCAAAAACUGAAAGAAGCUGUAGAAGCAAUUCAGAACAGUACUUCAAUUAAAUACAACUUAGAAGAGCUUUACCAGGCUGUUGAAAACCUUUGCUCCUACAAAAUUUCUGCAAAUUUGUACAAGCAAUUAAGGCAGAUUUGUGAAGACCAUAUCAAAGCACAGAUCCAUCAGUUCAGAGAGGAUUCGUUGGACAGUGUUCUUUUUCUUAAGAAAAUAGACAAAUGUUGGCAAGACCAUUGCAGACAGAUGAUAAUGAUUAGAAGCAUCUUUUUGUUCCUGGAUCGAACUUACGUUCUCCAAAAUUCAAUGCUGCCAUCAAUUUGGGAUAUGGGGCUGGAAUUGUUUAGGACUCAUAUAAUUAGCGAUCAGAAAGUCCAGAACAAAACUAUCGAUGGCAUUCUUCUCUUGAUCGAGAGGGAAAGAAACGGAGAGGCUAUUGACAGGAGUCUGCUCCGUAGCCUCCUAAGCAUGCUUUCAGAUUUGCAAAUUUAUCAGGAUUCUUUCGAGCACAGAUUCUUGGAAGAAACAAACCGUCUCUAUGCCGCAGAAGGACAGCGGCUUAUGCAAGAAAGAGAGGUCCCUGAAUAUCUUCAUCAUGUCAACAAACGCUUGGAAGAAGAGGCAGACAGGAUUAUAACGUACCUGGAUCAAAGCACUCAGAAACCACUAAUCGCUACUGUAGAAAAACAGUUGCUGGGGGAACAUUUAACAUCCAUCCUACAGAAAGGUUUAAAUCAUCUCCUGGAUGAAAAUCGAAUUCAAGAUUUGUCACUACUCUAUCAGUUGUUCAGCCGGGUCAAAAAUGGAGUACAGGCUCUUUUGCAACAGUGGAUUGAAUAUAUAAAGGUAAUUGUGCCCGGCUAA